AUGAUGCAACAACAGCAACGGCCGACAAACAGUCGGAAUCAGAUCACCCUCCGUGGGUCAACAAAGAUCAUCGUCGAGUUCUUUGAAUACUGCAUCAACAGUCUCCUGUUCCAGAGAGGACUUUACGCGCCAGAGUACUUCAAGAUGACCAAGAAAUACGGCCUCAACAUGCUCGUCACCAACGACCCAGAGGUCAAGAGCCACAUGCGCGAGAUCCUCAAGCAAGUUGAAGCAUGGCUGAUGGCAUGCAAGGUCGAGAAACUGAUCCUCGCCAUCAAGUCAAAGGAAACAAUGACAGUUCUGGAGCGCUGGCAGUUUGACAUUCACAACACCAAGGACCAAUCUUCAACGUUCAGCACCUCUACUAAAACAACGAAUACGGACUCAUUUUCGCGGCCAUUGGCGGGUGCUGGACAGGACACAUCUACUACGGCGCCAUCAUUAUCAUCGCCCUCAAAACCAAAACCGGAAAAGACAGAGAAGGAGAUCCAGACUGAGAUCCAAGCCAUCCUACGACAGAUCACCGCCAGUGUCUCCUUCCUCCCCAUGCUCGACGAGAAAUGCACAUGGACGAUCCUAUGUCAGACGGAAAAGGACGCAGAGGUGCCAGCAACAUGGAGCGACGCCGACCCGCAUCUUGUCCACAAUGCAGAGCAGGUCAAGCUGAGAUCCUUUAGUACUAACCUCCACAAGAUCGAUGCCCUGGUCGCCUACCGUCUCAACGAUGAUCUGUAG